AUGUCCACCGUCUAUAACAACCCACCUAUAACACCCUAUCAGGAAGGAGUUUCUCCCAUCACAACUGCCAGCGGUACUGUUUCCCCUCAAACAACCGGUUUAACCAACCACAACUCUACGCCUCUCUCUCCACAAAUAACUGGCGUUACUAACACUUCUACUUCAAAUAAUCAAGAACAACCUCAUUCCGAUUUCCCUCCGCAAUCACAACAGCCUCAAUAUAACAAAUCAGAAGCUUAUCAAGGCAUCGAAGUCGUCGGUCAUAAUCAUAAUAUAAUGGCAUCACAACAAAUCCCCCCUCAGCAAGAGGGCUUCACAAAUGGGAAACCCCAAUCAACGCCUCCUCUCCAAGGACAAUAUAACACACCACCUCAAGGACAAUACCAAGCUCCACCACCUGGUCAAGAACAAUAUCCUCCUCCAGGACAAUAUGCGCCUCAACCCCAAGCAAACAUCAAGCAAAGGAAAAACAACUAUGCAACUGCUAUACCUAUCCGUUCUCUUCAAGACGGACCUGCUCCUGUAGACUGUCCUAUCUGUGGAGUGCGGGAAGUGACCUCUGUUGAACAUCGUAGUGGAAUGACUACACAGUAUGUUUCUCUCUUCCCAUAA